AUGGAUCUAAAGACAGCAGUAUUUAACGCAGCUCGGGAUGGCAAACUCCGGCUUCUCACCAAGUUGUUGGCAAGCAAAUCCAAAGAGGAGGUUUCCUCCUUGAUCUCUGAAAAAACAAAUGGAGCCACGCCACUCCUGAUGGCCGCCAGGUAUGGGCACCUGGACAUGGUGGAGUUCCUCCUAGAGCACUGCAGUGCCUCCAUAGAAGUGGGGGGCUCGGUCAAUUUUGAUGGCGAAACCAUCGAGGGGGCCCCCCCGUUGUGGGCAGCCUCUGCCGCGGGACAUCUGAAGGUGGUGCAGUCUUUGUUAAAUCAUGGGGCGUCUGUCAACAACACAACUUUAACCAAUUCCACCCCCCUUCGAGCUGCCUGUUUCGAUGGCCAUUUGGAAAUAGUGAAGUACCUUGUGGAACACAAAGCUGACUUGGAAGUGUCCAACCGACACGGGCAUACGUGCUUGAUGAUUUCGUGUUACAAAGGACACAAAGAGAUUGCUCAGUAUUUACUUGAAAAGGGGGCAGAUGUUAACAGAAAAAGCGUUAAAGGUAAUACUGCAUUGCAUGAUUGCGCAGAAUCUGGGAGUUUGGACAUCAUGAAGAUGCUUCUUAUGUAUUGUGCCAAGAUGGAAAAGGAUGGUUACGGGAUGACUCCCCUUCUCUCAGCGAGUGUUACUGGUCACACAAAUAUUGUGGAUUUUCUGACCCACCAUGCACAGACCAGCAAGACAGAACGGAUCAAUGCUCUAGAGCUUCUGGGAGCUACAUUUGUAGACAAAAAGAGAGAUCUGCUUGGGGCCUUGAAGUACUGGAAAAAGGCAAUGAACAUGAGGUACAGUGACAGGACUAAUAUAAUUAGCAAACCAGUACCACAGACACUAAUAAUGGCUUACGAUUAUGCCAAGGAGGUGAACAGUGCAGAAGAGCUGGAAGGCCUUAUCGCUGACCCUGAUGAGAUGAGAAUGCAGGCCCUAUUAAUUAGAGAACGUAUUCUUGGUCCUUCUCAUCCUGAUACCUCUUAUUAUAUUCGAUACAGAGGCGCUGUCUAUGCAGACUCUGGAAAUUUCAAACGAUGCAUCAACCUCUGGAAGUAUGCUUUGGAUAUGCAGCAGAACAAUUUGGAUCCUUUAAGCCCCAUGACCGCCAGCAGCUUGUUAUCUUUUGCAGAACUGUUCUCCUUUAUGCUCCAGGAUAGGGCUAAAGGCCUGCUGGGCACCACCGUUACGUUUGACGAUCUUAUGGGCAUCCUGUGCAAAAGCGUCCUUGAAAUAGAGCGAGCUAUCAAACAAACUCAGUGUCCGGCUGACCCGUUACAGUUAAAUAAGGCUCUUUCCAUUAUUUUGCACUUGAUUUGCUUGUUAGAAAAAGUUCCUUGUACUCUAGAACAGGACCAUUUCAAAAAGCAGACUAUCUACAGGUUUCUUAAGCUGCAUCCGAGGGGGAAGAACAACUUCAGCCCGCUUCACCUGGCCGUGGACAAGAACACCACGUGUGUCGGCCGGUACCCCGUGUGUAAAUUCCCGUCCCUGCAAGUCACGGCCAUACUGAUCGAGUGUGGCGCCGACGUGAACGUCAGAGACUCCGACGACAACAGCCCCCUGCACGUCGCUGCUCUGAACAACCAUCCCGACAUCAUGAAUCUCCUUAUCAAAUCAGGUGCACAUUUCGAUGCCACAAACUUGCACAAGCAGACUGCCAGUGACUUGCUGGACGAGAAGGAGAUCGCUAAAAAUUUGAUCCAGCCCAUAAAUCAUACCACCCUGCAGUGUCUUGCUGCUCGUGUCAUAGUGAAUCAUAGAAUAUGUUAUAAGGGGCAUAUCCCAGAAAAGCUAGAGACCUUUGUUUCGCUGCACAGAUGAUAAUCUGACUGUCGCGUCGCCCUCUUGAAAGCACGGGUCGCUGACAGUCGCCUCAUACGUGAGCACUGUUGUGAGAACACCAGCAUUCACUUAGCUUGAUGUCCUCGUGCUGUCAUUGGCUAAAGCAUUAGAAGCGUCAACUUUCCAGGAUUGGUUUCCCAGUAUCUAAUAUCAAUAUACCAUAUAAUAUAUUCUUUGCGAAUUACUGAGAAAUGUAAUGUCCUAUUCGAAUUUCUAAAAUUGUCUGCCAAAGGCUUAUCUGUUCUGGUUCUGUUUGCUGUUGGGCGUUUGGGACAGAGGUCACCGUUUCUCAGUGGUGUCUUUAUACUUUACUGGUUUGUGAAUUUUAUACAAUUGAAGGUCUUUCUUUCUUUUUUUCCCCCCUGCUUCUUCCUUCUCUUGUCCAAGCUGCUUCCCUCUUUCCACUUGAUUUACUUCCUCACCAUUUCUGCUUACCGGUGUUUUCCCCCUUACGGGCCCAUGCUAGGUUGUACACCCUUUAUGGACCUGUUACCAUUUGCAAUUACCGUAAGUGCUUUAUCUCCUCUAUGCAGCGGCUUAAACUUGACUGUUGUAUGUUAGCACAUUUUUCUAUGCAGCAGUUGGUCAACUUCAGCUCAAAACACUGUUACGUUUGUUACAAAGUUCAUUUUUUUUGAAAGUAGUACUCUUUGUAGCAUGACAAUUUUUUAGAGCUACAGCUUAGCUCCCUGAGCUCAGGCUUUUCUGUUUGUUUGGUUUUUCUUCUUCUUCUUCUUCCGAGGUUUCUCUCUCUAAUCCACUGAAAUUAUUGUGUGCUAAAUUUGGGAAACAGAUCUCUUCUAACUCAUUAACCCAGUUGAAAUUUAGGUCUGUCAUUUUAAUAUAUCAUGCAGUAAAAGGAAGAAUCUUUACAAAGUGACCCACCUUUCAUGCUGCUAUAGCGUUGUCCUGCUUGUGCUGAUGAUGUGAUUAGGUGUUAGAGAAUUUGCUUCAAUUUAACCUCAGAGUUGAUCACACAGCUUUAAUGAGUCCCGUUGAACUAUUCAGCGAUCGAUCACUUUUAGUUACAAAAAGAGCUACAGCAUGUCAGGGGCAUGAUGCUUGCUGAGCCCGAUCUGGGCAUCUAGGAUAAUUAAGGUAUUUUUGUAUGCAAUUUACUGCCAUAGUAUCCAAGGUCAGUAACAGUGUCCUUCCUUUCAAGGUAACUUUGCAUGAAUUACUUUGGUCUCAGUUAUUCGGCACCCUAGUUAAUAAACACAAAAGGUUGCAGUGCUUCCUGUCCCCUUACUGGAAGUUACCUUUGCUCUGCUUUUCUUUCUGUAUGGUUUUUUGUUUUGUUUUGUUUUUGGUUUGGUUUGGUUUUUUUCUUCCACACAGCUUCGCUAAUGCCACAGAAAGGGCUCUUUUAAGAAAAGAUGAAGUGAAAAGUACUAAAAAAAAAGAUUCAGGUAAUUAUCCUUCAGCACUUUAUUGUUAUUCAGAAUACAAUUUAUGAUGGCACAUUUGCCCUGCAAAUGUCUUAAUGAAAUUGUUCUGAAUAAAAAGCUCCUUAUUUGUUUGAGGAAAAAAAAAAUUCAAGUGUACCUGUGAGUUGAAUGAGCUGGAUCCACUUGGGUUUUUGCUCGCAUUUUAUCCUGAGGGUUGAUGUCAUGGUAUUUAUGGAGUCAUCACUGCAAAGAAUCACCUUAGAUUUAUUUCAUCUUUAUUCAGUAAACAAAACAAAACAAAAACUCGUGAUGAAUAGUAGUAAAUAUAAAAAGCAUUAUAGACUUACUUUCUGGUUAAAUAAUUGAGGUUUAAUUUCUUUUUUAAAAGAUAUUUUACUAGGUUGGGAAUGGAAUUUCACUGUCAAAAAGGGUGAAUGGGAGAUAACUGGUCAUGGUUGCUCUCCAGCCUUUGAAUGAAGAGGCUUUAAAACCCGUCUUUACCAUGGGCAAAUUUGGUGGAACGUUUGAGGUGCCACAUAGAUUAACCCGUUUGUGAUUUAGACACACUUUCUAGAAAUACCAGACAUCAACAUUUUGAAAUCGUUUGCCUCUUAACCUUGUGGUACGUAUGCAUGAGCUUUUUUUUUUUUUUUUAAAAGGAAACUCUGUAUGUGCAGUAAAUCGACACUAGUAGAUCUCAGUAAUUUGGGGGUAAAAGAUGAGCAACUGGAUUUUUCAGUGAUUUAAUAUUACCCCCCUCCUUUGUUGGGCGGGGAGAAGAGUUUGGUAAGGCACACCUCACACUACCUGACGGGUGAACCUAAAUCCAACAACCCCAGGGCAGCUGAGGAUUUCCUCCCGUGGCGUAUCUUCCACCGCUAAAGAUGGAUCGCGUAAAACUGUUCGUCAGUCUUGAGAACUGAAUUGCCUUAUUUCAGUUAGGACACAAUUCUCCUCUGUUAGCCAUCUCCCCAAACGCUGUUAGGAGCUCUUGACAAAUUGUUUGAUAGCUCAGAAUAGUCCAUGAUUUUAUUUUGGAGGAGGUUGGUUAAUAAACGUGACCUCAGACACUGUUAAGGCCUUUGUCAGAAAGUGUUCUCAAAAUUGUUGACUGAAUCAAGAAGAUACGUUCAUGUGUUACUUUUUUUUAACCACAAGUGAGUACUCUAAUACUUAAUGAGCUACUUGUAGGCUGGAGUUGGUAAGUUUUGAUUAUGUUUCUGUAAAAACGCCUUGUAAGGCCUGCUGAAUUUUAGAUGUUCCUCUAUUGAU